AUGCUUCGAAGGGGAGCGCGGGUGGACACACGCACCGUCUCCAAGAUGCUGUCAAUGACGCUGGGCAAGGGCGGGAGUUCCAACACGCCUCAGGCCCGGAGGGCGAUAGCACUCGUCGGGAGGUUUGUGCAGGAUCCAUCUCAGGACGUCGAUGAGAUACUGUUCAACGGACUUUUGGAUGCUUGUUGCCGCCUGCGGGACUGGAACCAUCUCGCAGCGACGAUUCAUCAGAUGCAGAUGGCAAAAGUUGCCCCAUCUUCGGUUACCCAAGGUAUCCUUUUGAAAGCAUACGGGGGAAUGGGAGACCUGCAGAAUGUGCUCGCCAUCUGGAAAGAUCUGGAGCAGCAGCUCCUGGAAUGCAGUGAUAUCACGAUUGGCUGCAUGAUUGAUGCUUGCGUGAAGUGUGGGGACAUUGAGAAGGCUGCAGAGGUCUUCGAGGGGCUUCGUCAGCAGGGGAAACACAGAAACAGUAUCUACUACACGCAGCUCAUCAAAGGGUAUGGGCAACAGAAGGAUUUAUCCAAGGCAUUGAAGCUCUUUCGGGAGAUGCCGAAGGAGGGCGUCCCUCGCAGCACCAUAACCUACAACUCAAUCAUCGACGCGUGCAUCCGGAGCGGCAAGGUGCUGGACGCGGAGCAGAUAUUCGGCGAGAUGGUCGUAGAGGGCGGCCCCACACAGCCAGACCUCAUAACAUUCUCGACAAUGGUGAAGGGUCAUUGCCAGCGCGGUGACCUUGACAAGGCUUUGAACGUGGCGGAAACUAUCCGGGCACGUGGCAUGGGUUGGGAUGAAUUGGUAUACAACACGCUGUUGGACGGAUGCGUGAAGGCCAAAGACAUCAGUCUUGGCGUCGGCCUUUGGCAGGAAAUGGUUUCCAGUGGCGUGGUGCCGUCGACUAUAACGCAUAACAUCCUUCUGAGGCUGUACCGGUCACAGGGCCACAUCGACGAGGACUCCCGCCGAGAGGUCCAGAAGCUCUAUGAGGUUUUUGGCUGCCAGGAGGAGUCCGACGACGAGGAGGAGCUAGACGAAGCCGGGGAGACGGAGGAAGAAACUACGACGUAA